GAAGUUUGUCGCGUGAAGGAUUUUCGCUAUCUCGUCUCGGGUUCAGCCGCUUGAUAAAGGAAUUGAUUUCUGAAACCUGUUCAAAAUGAUAAAACCGUAUAGAUAACGUGAUAAUAUAAAAUGUUGUAUCAUUUUGCGGAGUGUUCAUUCUACACGUUAACACAUUUUUUAUCACACAUUCAGUUCAGUGUUAUGAUCGCGUCAUAGCGCACGUCUCCUACACGAAACUCGUCGAUAUUAUGCGGCCCGAACGCGACAGCUACUUAAGGAUACAAUUAUGAUGCCUAUUGUGUAUACUGUGUAUGGUUUUGCCAUAUUUUUUAUGAUCGCAUGGGUGUGUCUGUGGUUAAUUCACAUAAUGGCUUACUGUUACUCGAAGUGGAAGCUCCAUGGGACAGUGGACCGGUCGCCGCCUGAACAACCGUACCCUGGUGUGUCAAUCCUGAAGCCGCUUACUGGGGUCGACCCCAACCUGUUCUCCAACCUGGAAACAUUCUUUACGCUCGACUACCCUACGUACGAGUUAUUGUUUUGUGUUGAAAACGAGCACGACCCGGCAGUGAUGUUAGUGAACAGCCUUAUUCACAAGCACCCUCACAUCGAAGCUCGUUUGUUCGUGGGUGGGCAGCGAGUCGGUGUCAACCCGAAGAUCAACAACAUGCAACCGGCUUACUUGGCGGCAAAGUACCCGCUGAUACUGAUCAGCGACGCGGGCAUCAGAAUGCGAGACGACACCUUGCUGGACAUGGUGCAGCAUAUGACGGAGGAGGUCGCUAUAGUUCAUCAAAUGCCGUUCGUUUGCGACGCGGAGGGAUUCGCAUCCGUCUACGAGAAAGUGUACUUCGGCACUGCGCAGGCGCGCAUGUAUCUGUCGGCAGACUUCUUGGGUAUCAACUGUCAUGUGGGCAUGUCGUCCAUGGUGCGACGCUGUGCGCUGGAGGAGGCGGGCGGUCUGCGGGCCUUUGCAGACUACCUGGCCGAGGACUACUUCAUCGCCAAGGACAUCGUGUCGCGCGGCUGGAAGAUGCGCGUCAGCUCGCUGCCCGCGCUACAGAACUCGGGCACGCGGUCAGUGGGCGCUCUGCAGGCGCGUCUGCGGCGCUGGGCGCGACUCCGCAUCGCUAUGAUUCCUACGACAGCGAUGCUGGAGCCGCUCAGCGAGUGCAUGCCGCUGGGUGCCGGCGCCGCCUGGGCGGCGGGACAGUUGUUCGGCGCGGAGCCGCUGCCGUUCUUCUUAGUGCAUGUGCUAGUGUGGUUCCUCUCGGACUGGCUGAUGCUCCGGUCAGUGCAGAACGGCUCGCCGCCGUUCACCAAAGUGCAGUUUUUGCUAGGCUGGGUGUGGAGCGAGUGCUGCGCGCCGUUCGUGCUGGCGGCGGCGCUGCUCAGCCCAGAGAUCUCGUGGCGGACUCGCACUUACCGAUUGGAGUGGGGCGGCCGCGCCCAUGAACUCAACCCUAAACUUAAGUUCUGAGCCCCAUCCCUCCUUCAUACUCGAAAGCUUUAAUUUGGUGAAUGUUUACGUUUUACCAGUGUAUCAUAGUCUGUGUGGGAGCGACUGAAUUCGGAUGUGUGUUUAUAGUUAAAUAAUAGUAUUAAGUUUUUAUUUUAAUUGCUAUGUUAGUUUUGAAAACGAACAGUGAUUGAUUGUUGCUUUUGUUUUAGAAAGAUUUGUACAUUUAUUAGUUAAAGUUACAUCACACAUUUUAUUUAUUUUUGGUAAUUUAUUUUUACCGCUAACUUUGUCAUAUCCUGCAUUGUUUGUGAUGGCAACUCUGAGGUUGGUGUACAAGUAUAGUAAAGUGAGUCAUCUGUUAUCUGAACUGUUUGGCCCUUCUGUUGUGAUUCAUUCUGUUUUCACUUGAAUCUUGUGUGACUUAUGAUUAGAUGUUUAUUGAAAUAAUAAUUAAUGUCAAUAUGGAAGGUGUUUGUUAUUGUAAUUAUAAUAAAACCUGCUAUGUACCUUAAAUGUAAAAUAUUGAAAUGUGAUAAGAUCUAGUAUAAUUACUUUACUAUGCCGCAGAAUUCUGAAACUCAAUACGUACAUAUUUGUAUCAUACAUAUGUGUAAAUCCCACAAACAAUUAAUGUUGUAUUGUAAUACCUAAUUCUAAAUACAAGAAGUACAGGGUUAUACUCUAAAGAAUACAUUG